GACGUCCGUGAGACCGUGACGACAAAAUUUCUUCCUUCCCGUCGCCAUCGCGCGGUAGCAUCACCAUACCUCUUCAUCUCGCUCGCUGUCACUCCGCUCUGCGCGCUUGGGUCAUGCGUGACUCACACCUACGCAUUCUGUGAGUUCGGAAUCAGAUCCGAUAGAGUUCCCAGAGUUAGAGUUAGCUCGGGUACAGUCCGUCGGUUGCCUCAAAGCUUAUCCCGGCAUCCCGCGGAAUCUCGCUUUGCGAUGAAACCAUAGCUCCACCCAAUUCUUGCGGCUUCAGAGAACCAGCGCUCCCUGCCGUCGCUGUCCCUCGUUCUCCCAGCGCCUCUCAUUCAGUCAUCCCUCCUCUCCGAACUGACCGAUGCGGUUGGUGCCAAGGUUCCGGCCCUCUAAUGCUGCUUGAACUCCAGCCUUCUAAUGGGCGCGGCUCAGUUGGUGAUUCUGUUCUUGGCCCUUGCCACUGCGGUGGGGGCGCCGCCGAGCGAGGUGGCCGUGGGCGCUCUCUUCACGUACGACUCCACGAUUGGCCGCGCAGCGAAGCUCGCCAUCGAGCUCGCCGUCGAUGACGUCAACUCGGACGGCAAGGUCCUCCCGAGAACCCAACUCAAUUUGGUGCCCCAGGAUACCAACUGCAGCGGAUUUCUUGGGACCAUCGAAGCGUUGCAGCUAAUGGAAAAAAAUGUUGUUGCGCUGAUUGGCCCACAAUCCUCUGGGAUAGGCCAUGUCAUCUCCCAUGUUGUUAAUGAGCUACAUGUACCUCUUCUAUCAUUUGCGGCUACAGAUCCAACUCUUUCUGCAUCAGAGUAUCCGUACUUCAUCAGGACAACCAUAAGUGACUACUUCCAAAUGAAUGCUAUUGCUAGCAUUGUUGAUUAUUAUCAAUGGAAAAGGGUGACUGCUAUAUUCGUUGAUGAUGAUUAUGGGCGAGGUGGUGUAGAAGCCCUCGGUGAUGCGCUUGCAUUAAAGAGGGCAAAGAUUUCAUAUAAAGCAGCUAUUCCUCCAAAUUCAAAUACAGACGUGAUCAACGAUGUACUAUUUAAAGCAAAUAUGAUGGAAUCAAGGGUCAUGAUUGUGCAUGUCAAUCCUGACACAGGGAUGAGGAUUUUUUCUGUAGCUAAGAACCUGCAAAUGAUGGCCAGUGGCUAUGUCUGGAUAGUAACUGAUUGGCUAGCUGCUGUCCUUGAUUCCUCAGCAAAUAGAGGUCUUAAAGAUAUGAGUCAUAUUCAGGGACUAAUUGUUCUGCGUCAGCACAUUCCUGAAUCUGAAGCCAAGGAUAAGUUCAUAUCUAAAUGGAAUAAUGUGGCUCAUAACAGAAAUAUUACUUCUGGCUUGAACUCGUAUGGUUUUUAUGCUUAUGACUCGGUUUGGGCUGUUGCUCGUGCUGUCGAUAAAUUUCUCAGUAAUGGGCAACAGAUCAACUUCUCAACAGAUCCCAGGUUAGAAGAUUCAAAUGGCAGCACGUUGCACCUAUCAAGUCUCAAGAUAUUUGACGGUGGUGAGCAGAUGCUGCAUCAACUUCUCCUCACAAACUUUACGGGUGUAACAGGUCCAGUCCAGUUUGAUUCAGAGCACAAUUUGGUACGCCCAGCGUAUGAUAUCCUUAAUGUUGUUGGUUCUGGCUCCCGCUUGAUUGGCUAUUGGUCUAACUAUUCUGGGCUUUCCGUGGCUGCUCCUGAAACUUUGUAUCAGAUGCCACGAAAUACAUCUACAAGUGCCCAGCAGCUGCAUGAUGUGGUAUGGCCUGGCGAUUCCACUACGAAGCCUAAGGGCUGGGUAUUCCCAAACACUGGCCUUCCUCUGAGAGUUGGGGUUCCAAUUAAAGCAAGCUUUAAGGAAUUAGUGUCAGGCAGAGGAGAUAACAUGAGUGGUUACUGCAUCGAGAUAUUCAACGCAGCAAUUAAACUUCUUCCUUACCCAGUUCCUUGCCAAUUUAUAACUAUUGGUGAUGGCACAAAAAACCCUAGCUAUAUUGACAUAAUUAGAAUGGUUGCUGCCAAUUCACUUGAUGCAGCUGUAGGCGACUUUGCUAUAGUGAGAAAUGGCACACAGCUUGCAGAAUACACACAGCCUUAUAUUGAGUCAGGGCUUGUGAUAGUAGCGCCGGUGAAACAUGUAACUUCAAGUGCGUGGGCUUUCCUUGAACCUUUCACAUUGGAGAUGUGGUGUGUCACAGUUGCUCUUUUUAUUUUGGUGGGCAUAGUAGUGUGGCUUCUUGAACAUCGUACUAAUGAGGAAUUUCGAGGGUCUCCAAGGCGACAAGUCAUAACAAUGUUAUGGUUUAGCUUCUCAACAAUGUUCUUUUCACACAGAGAGAACACUGUAAGCACACUUGGGCGGUUCGUGCUGAUAAUAUGGUUGUUCGUUGUGCUGAUCAUCACUUCAAGUUACACUGCUAGCUUGACGUCAAUCCUCACAGUCCAACAGCUCUCAACUGGAAUUACAGGGAUUGAUAGUUUGGUUUCAAGUUCUUUACCUAUUGGAUACCAGGCUGGAAAAUUUACCAAAAGAUACCUGACUGAAAACUUCAAUGUUCCCCUCUCUCGACUGGUACCACUGAAUUCGAUCCAGGAAUAUGCUGAUGCCCUUAACCGCGGACCAAAAAAUGGCGGUGUUGCUGCAAUUGUUGAUGAGAAGCCAUACAUUGAUAUCUUCCUGUCAAACUACUGCAGCUUCAGAAUAGUGGGGGAGGAAUUCACAAAGGAAGGGUGGGGCUUUGCAUUCCAGAGAGACUCCCCCCUCGCUGCGGAUUUAUCGACGGCAAUCCUUCAACUUUCAGAGAGUGGGCAACUUCAGAGGAUCCACGACGAGUGGUUCUCACGGUCUAGUUGCUCCUCAGAUGACAGCGAAGUGGGAGCAACCAGGCUUGGCCUCGGAAGCUUUUGGGGCCUUUUCCUUGUGUGUGCCCUGAUAUGCCUCUUCGCUCUGCUGGUGUUCUUCAUACGAGUCUGCCGGCAGUAUAACCAGUACUCCAGUUCUGAAGCUGCCGGCGAGCCCAGCACAGCUGCUGCGGAUCCUGUCCUAAGACAGCGGCGACCAUCACGCCUUGGCAGCUUCAAAGACCUGAUCCAGUUCGUCGACAAGAAGGAGGAGGAGAUUAAGAAAACGAUGAAACGAAGAUCAGGCGAGAAAGAUAGCCAAGCUGCAGGAUUCUCAUACGCUCAGUCAGUGGCUUCAGCAUAGGACAUUGCUCCAACCAUAUUGAAUUAGGUUAUCUCCAAAAGCAUAGGACAUUGCUCCAACCAUAUUGUAAAUAGUAGUGGUGUACUGUGAUCAGAACGAAGAUCAGGGUUCUCAUACGCUGUUUGUAUUUGACAACUGUUUUCGGUGAUUGGUCAUUGCUCCAAGCUGUGCGAAGUGGCUUAUUUUA